CUUUUAAUUACUUCAAUAUUCACAAGGACGCGAACUCCCGUAAGGAUGGCUUUAAUAUCUUGUCGAUAGUGGUGGCUAAAACUCCAAAAGAGCAUUCUAUUAAAACAGCUAUCAACGGCAGAUCUCAGCAGACCUCAGUUUAUCUUUAUUCGUGUCGUUGCAUAUCGUAAAGAGAUUUUAUACUGAGAUUUUGAAACUAUCAUUACUUUAUAUUCAAAAUAAUUUGAAUUGUGUUUUUUCUCACGUGUAUUUAUCGUGAGAUAUACGGUUUAUUAUACGAUGUCAAUGGAGACCGUACCAAAAGAUUUACGUGGAUUAAGAGCAUGUUUGGUAUGUUCUUUGAUUAAGACUUUUGAUCAAUUCGAAUUUGAUGGAUGCGACAACUGUGAUGAUUUUCUUCGUAUGAAGAACAAUAAGGAUAAUGUUUUUGACUGCACAAGUUCCAACUUUGAUGGAGUAAUCGCGCUAAUGAGUCCAGAAGAUAGUUGGGUGUCCAAGUGGCAAAGAAUAAAUCGUUUUUGUAAGGGCGUCUACGCCAUAUCAGUAUCAGGACGAUUACCAGCUGGUGUCAUCAGAGAAAUGAAGAGCAGAGGAAUAGUGUAUAGGCCGCGCGAUACGAGUCAACGUUAAUUAUAUUGAAAUUUCUAUUUAAGAUGUAAAUAUUGAACUUUUCUUAAUACUGCAUUAGAAUUAGAGCAAUUGAAAUACGAUCAUUGUUCAUUUUGUUAAGCUAAAUAUAUAAAUAUUUUUGC